AUGGCUCAAUUGCCAGAUCCCAAGAUCGACCUCGAUUGGUCUGGUUAUGUUGGAUCAAUUCAGGAGAUUUUUGGUCGAAAUGUCAACAGUCAUCCUGAUCGCACAUGCGUCGUCGAGACAGCGUCAUCCGAGGGCCCUGAACGCCGAUACACCUACAAGCAGAUAUAUGAAGCUUCAAAUACAUUGGCACAUUACCUGCACGAUGCUGGAAUUACAAACGACGAUGUUGUGAUGAUUUUUGCCCACCGUUCUGUGGAUCUAGUUGUCGCGAUCAUGGGAACCUUAGCUUCAGCUGCAACCUUCACCGUACUAGACCCCGCAUAUCCCCCAGCGAGACAAAAGGUUUAUCUUGAGGUAGCCCAGCCUCGUGCCUUGAUUAAUAUUGGGAGGGCGACAGAAGAAGCCGGACCGCUCGCUCCCGUUGUUCGGAGCUAUAUUAAUGAGGAACUUCAUCUUAAGGCUGAGAUACCUUCACUACGUAUCGGAGACAACGGAACGCUCUCCGGCGGGGAGGUUGACGGAAAUGAUAUUUUUAGAGAAGUACGGGCUAAAGCAUCUACUCCUCCGGAUGCUGAGGUCGGACCAGACAGCAACCCUACACUGUCAUUCACAUCGGGGUCUGAAGGACGGCCCAAGGGCGUAUUAGGUCGACAUUAUAGUCUGUGCAGGUACUUUGCCUGGAUGGCGGAAAGGUUUCAACUGAGCGCCGAGAGCAAAUUCACCAUGCUAAGUGGAAUUGCUCACGAUCCUAUUCAGCGUGACGUUUUCACCCCGUUGUUCUUGGGUGCCCAAUUAUUGGUACCUUCGCGAUCAGACAUUGCGCAUGAGAGAUUGGCAGAGUGGAUGGCAAAAUAUGAACCUACAGUUACACAUCUAACGCCAGCUAUGGGUCAGAUCCUGGUCGGCGGUGCUACCACAUCGUUUCCAAGCCUCAAAAAUGCAUUUUUUGUUGGAGAUGUACUCACGACACGUGACUGUAAGGCGCUCCGGAACCUGGCAGAAAAUGUUAACAUUAUCAAUAUGUACGGAACCACGGAGACCCAACGUUCAGUAAGUUAUUACCAUAUCAAAAGUAGGGCGGAGGAUCCAAAUUCUAUGGAUCAUCUCAAGGACACUGUGCCCGCUGGAAGGGGCAUGCAAAACGUUCAGCUUUUGGUUGUCAAUAGGGAGGACCGUACAAAGAUGUGUGGUGUUGGGGAGACUGGAGAAAUCUACGUCCGCGCGGCGGGUCUAGCCGAAGGAUAUAGAGGAGACCAAGCACUGAACGAGCAGAAGUUUGUUAUGAACUGGUUUGUUGAUAACAACACUUGGGUUGAAGAAGACCAGAAAAAAAGUAAAGGCGAAAAAUGGAGAAAGUACUACAAGGGUCCACGUGAUCGACUUUAUAGAACUGGCGAUCUUGGUCGCUAUUUGGAAUCAGGAGACGUGGAGUGUACCGGUAGAGCGGAUGACCAAGUCAAAAUUCGGGGUUUCCGAAUUGAGCUCAACGAUAUCGACAGUAAUCUGAGCCAGAACCCGCUGAUCCGAGAUUGCAAGACCCUCGUCCGACGAGAUAAGAACGAAGAGCCGAUUUUAGUCAGUUAUAUUGUUCCUGAGAUCAAAUUAUGGCCACAGUGGCUGCAGGCUCGUGGUUUGGAAGAGGUCGAAGAUGACGGGACCGAUUUUGGCGUCACCAAGGUGUAUCUCAAGCGGUUCCGGCCAAUGCAGACCGAAGUCCGCGACCACUUGAAAGGCCGAUUGCCUAGUUAUGCAGUCCCGAGUUUGUACAUCUUUCUGAAGGCGUUGCCUCUCAAUCCGAACGGAAAAGUGGAUAAGCCCAACUUGCCAUUCCCAGAUAUUGCUGAACAAACUGAAGCUGCUUCCGAUGAUGAUGUCAAGAGGUGGCAGUCAAUGACAGAAACCGAGCGAACUGUUGCCACUAAGUGGGCGGCUCUUAUUCGCGGCCUGAACGAAAAGACAGUUAACCCCGAGAACGACUUCUUCACUCUUGGUGGCCACAGCCUUUUGGCACAGCAGAUGCUUUUGGAUAUUCGUAAAUCAACCGGUGCCAAUGUCUCCAUCAACACCCUAUACGAGUUUCCGACCCUUAGUGCAUUUAGUGCACAAGUUGAUAAACAGCUCAAAGGCACUCAGAGUCAGGUUGAGGUUGACGAAGAACCAGCCUACGCAAAGUCUCUAGAUGAACUUCUAACCCAGCUCCCAGCGAAAUUCCAGACGGCUGAACCGUCUACAAUUCGUGCCUCCGCUCAGCCGACGGUGUUCAUUACUGGUACAACUGGGUUUUUGGGCGGUUUUAUUAUCAAGGAUAUCCUGGAGCGUACCAGCCGGCAGCUCCGUGUCAUUGCACAUGUUCGCGCUAAAGACUCAGAAGCAGGAUUGGAACGCCUUACACGUUCUCUCAAGGGCUACGGCCUUUGGCGGGAGGAGUGGAAAAGUCGAUUAAGCUGUGUUGCGGGUGAUCUAGCCAAGCCGCAGCUCGGAGUUAGCAAUGAGGAAUGGCAGAAACUUGCCCAAGAGGUCUCUAUCAUUAUUGCCAAUGGUGCUACAGUUCAUUGGGUUAAAAGAUACCAAGAAAUGAUGGCCGCGAACGUCCUUUCAACCAUGGAAGCUAUGAGUCUUGCCAAUAUUGGAAAGCCUAAGGUUUUCACAUUUGUGUCAUCAACAAGCGUGCUCGACACAGACCACUAUGUCUCGCUUUCGGAGAAGCAGCUUAGUACAGGAGAAAGCGCCAUUUCUGAAGACGAUGACUUAUUAGGCAGUCGACGUAAGCUUGGCACUGGAUAUGGACAGACAAAGUGGGUUUCAGAGCAACUGGUGAGAGAAGCUGGUAGAAGAGGUCUACGAGGGUCUGUCAUACGACCCGGAUAUAUUCUUGGGUCAUCUGAGACAGGAGUGUGCAAUACGGAUGAUUUCUUGAUCCGACUUUUGAAAGGUUCAAUCCAACUUCACUCACGCCCUCGAAUUAUCAACACUGUGAACUCCGUUCCUGUAGAUCACGUUGCUCGUGUCGUCGUUGCUGCAGCACUAAACCCACUGGAGACCGUAAAGGUUAUUCACGUCACUGGCCAUCCACGACUACGCAUGAAUGAGUAUCUCUCUCUACUCGAGUACUACGGCUACGAAGUUCCUGAGAUAAGCUACGACUCAUGGAAGCAAGACCUAGAACGCUAUGUGUCCGCUGGCGGUCAAGAGAAGGAUCAAGAACAGCAUGCACUCAUGCCACUAUUCCAUUUCUGCGUCAACGACCUUCCUGGAAAUACUAAAGCACCGGAACUUGACGACCAAAAUGCUGUGAAGAUUCUCAAAGCUGAUGCCCACCACUGGACAGGUAUCGACGAGAGCGCGGGUUACGGGAUUGGCCGGGAGGAUGUCGGUCGCUAUUUGCGGUAUUUAGCUGAGACUGGGUUUAUACCCUGGCCCACAGGCAAAGGACGACCAUUGCCGGAAGUUCAUUUGACUGCAGAUCAGCUUCAGUCGGCUGGAGCCGUUGGUGGUCGCGGUGGUGUUUCCAGCUAA